UUUUGUUUUCUUUGAUUUUUUUGAAAUGGUUCUCGAGGGAUUUGAGUUCCUUCACUUUACUAAAUCUAACAACAACAAGCAUCCUAAAAUGUGCAGAAACUGCCAAAAAAAUUUUUUACAUCAUUUUUAUUUCUUACUUUCAUUGUUCAAUUUAUUUAGAGUUUUGAGGUUUAAGGGAAAAUUAAAUUUAUUUAAUUUUAUUAAAAAUAUUUUUCAUUUUUUAAACAUCCAGACAGGUCAAUUACUUUCAAUUUUAAUUUUUUCUCUUUCCCCUACUCAAUUUAAGCCUAUUUUCCUUUCACGUUUAUUUCUUAUAGUUCAAUGGCACUUCUAG